GAGACUGCUCUUUUGCAGUCUUGGGCUCCAGUGUGCAGUCUCCUUGAGCAGGCAGACUGCAAAGGGGGCUGCAAUUUUCACAGGGGACUACAAACGAAACUGAAAUAACGGAUAUUUUCAACAUUGGGCCAAUGUAUGCAAUUUGUCUUUUGAUUUUGUAUUUUCCAAUAAUAUACUGAUGCACCAGGAUCCAUAAAUUAUGAUAUUUUAGGCACAAAGAAAAACUGCAGAACCUAACAUGGAGAGGUGUUUGCCAUGUGCAGGAAAGAUUAUAGUAAGGCUUUGGCAAUUAUUGAACUGGUCCUCAAGUCUACCAGCCAGUAGUGCGGAGAAUGAGAGGGCAUUCAACAGAAUGAAGCUGAUCAAAACAGCCCACAGGUCAAACUUAUCCACCAGCUCGCUGGACAAUUUGAUGACAGUACAUCUGUUAUCCAAACCUAUAAGGCAGUUCAAUCCUGAUGCAGCAAUUGAUGAUUGGUUUUCUGCAACCAGCAGGCAUCCUACAUUCAGGAAUGGCUUAACUAAGAAAAGCAGAAAAUUGCAGGCCAUUGCUACCUCUAGUACCAGUCAGGAACAUGAAAUUGAUGCAGUUAUAGAGAAUGAAGAAGAAAAUAUUAUUAAUCCCAAUGAAUUGGAUGAUGAAGAUGAUGAUGAUGAUGAUGAAGGUUUUGGGGAUGAUGAUGAUGAGAUGAUGGAUGAGGACAAAAUUACGAAAAGCUAAAGGAACUAACUGGGGUUUAGUUUUUUUUUUAAUGUGAAUAAACCUUGAUGAAUUUUAGAGAAUUGGGUUGAUUUCAAUUAUUUUAAAUAGUUUCAAAAUAAAGACAUGAAAAUUUAACUUUAUUUGCUUUAUUUUACUGGUGCAUUUUAAUAAUAAUUUUAAAAAAAUGAAAUUGCCAAGUAUGCUUAAACCAUCCACCCCUUUUUGAUUCUUUUAUAAUUGGGCCAGUGCCCCAAGGCCUGGGACCACUACCUCCAGAGUCAACUGGUCCAAGUGGACCAGUGCUGAAAAAUUCCCA